AUGCAACGCUUGUUCCUUACAUUAUAUCUCGUCAUUCUUCUAAUAGCCCUAGUACAAGCAAAUCUGGAUCUGCCCCCAAGCUUCAGUCUUCGCAAGCGCCUUCCACGUGCACUGGUUGAUGUCCCUCACUUACGGAAUCAGCAACGUCUAGGGCACAAUACUAAAGUCAAAGAGUGGCUUUCGCACCAACAGCCAGUUACGGGAAUGUUCUCGGCUAAAUCUAACCCCAGUGAUAACGACGGCGAUAAGCCGGUCGUCUCUGAUGUGCUUCCCAAAAAUCGGGCCAUCAAUAUAUUUGCGUCUCUCACUCGACAGUUCGAGCCCGUUGAAUCUCGUCUGAACGAUUCUUCCAACAACAUCACUGUUCUUGCUCCUCGGAACAACGCCAUCCAGAACUUGCCGCGCAAGCCAUGGGAGAAUCCAGAGGAUUAUGAGAAGUUUGGGGAAGUGAGCGCAUAUGAAGGCCAGGAAGGGGAAGACAGAGCAAAGCGGAACUUGCGGCGCUUCGUGGAAGCUCACAUUGUCCCUGUGAGCCCAUGGAGGGAAGGUGAAGAAGUGGAAACACUUGGGGGAGACAAGGUGAAGUGGACAAAGGAAGGUGAUAAAAUAUAUAUCCAACCAGGGAACAUUGAAGUUGACAAUGUUGCUGAGAGUGUGUCUAACGGUGAGCUGUGGAUUUUGAACGGAAUCAUCAACUACCAUUAA